AUGACUGUCAGUCCACAGCAGCUGUUCUCCAGAAAAAAAAAANCUAAGUACCUGGAGGCUCGCGGCCUGCGGGGUUUCCUCUCCGACCUGGAGCAGGAGACACUGACCGCCGCUCUUGAGCCCUUUGACCCGGACGCGGAGCUUUUCUCAGGGGAGGGAGAGGACGAGCCGGAGCCGCUGUCGUUGCAGUACUGGCCGGACGUUUCGGACACCUCUAUCCCKCAAAUGGACCUGGGCUGGCCUGACAGCGAGGCGUACAGAGGGGUGACACGCACCACAGUGUACACGCAGCCCCCGAUGGAGGGUCAGGCCCACAUCAAAGAAGUGGUCAGAAAAAUGAUUGCACAGGCGCAGAAGGUGAUAGCCGUGGUGAUGGAUGUCUUCACCGACAUCGACAUMUUCAGAGAUCUGUUAGAUGCCGGGUUUAAAAGGAAGGUGUCUGUUUACAUCCUGCUGGAACGCACAAUGCUACCUCAUUUCCUCUCGAUGUGUCGGAGGGCUAACAUGCAUGCCGGGCACCUGAAGCAUCUUCGUGUACGCUGCACAGAAGGUGCAGAGUUUUACACUCGGUACUGCACCAGGGUCAAGGGGCAACUCGGGCACAGGUUCAUGUUCAUUGAUGGAGACAAAGCUGUUUCUGGGUCGUACAGUUUCACAUGGAUGUCCUCACGACUGGAUAGAAAUCUCAUCACUGUUACCACGGGCCAGGCUGUGGAUGCUUUUGACCAAGUGUUUCGCUACCUGUAUGUUACGUCUAGUUUUGUUGACCUACGCCAAGUCACCACAGAUCCUGAGCCUGAACCAGACACUCGACAUCAGGUUUUAUCCGUGGCUCCUCCUCCUGCUGCUGUUGCUAGAAAACUGUACAACCCCAAAUAUGCCCUUGUUGCUUUAAGUAGCCCUAGCCCCGUGAGCUCGAAUAGCAAUGAUAGCCCCAAAGAGUCUGAAGUUUCAGAGGAACCAAAAAAUAAGAAGAAGCAGAAGAGAACACGUGAAGAUCCGCCACAGGAUGCUCCUCCUAUCCAUCCUGGACUUUUAGGUCUAGAGAAAGCAUGCUUACUCUCAUAUCUGCCCACCUGGCCAGAACCUGAUCCACCAAGCGAUGUGAUAGGGUUCAUUAAUAUCCGGGACUCUAAAAAACCAACCCAAGUUCAUCUUCAACGUUCUGAGAUGUUUGAAAUCAGCCAAGCAAUCAAGUUUAGCAGUCCAAUCAGCAAGCCACAGGAAACUUUGCCCGAGGUUGCAAAGCCCAGAAAUCGAAAUGCACAAAGUGAACCCAAGACUGACGGUUUGUUGGUGGAUAAAGCAAAACCAGAAAAGAAAAGUGUUGACAAUAACAAUGAAGAAAUGGCACCUGAAAAAAACUCACCUUUGCACAGACAAAAGUUAAAUUUCGACAAAAGCGAAACUCAAAUUCUCCAAAUGGAGAAAAAACUGCGUUCAGAUUCAGAUUCAGGUCCUGUUUCUCUUAUUCCACAAACACUACCACAAUCUAGCAACAAAGCACUCACACCUAAAAAUGAACAACCUUCAUACAAAGCCCAAAUUACCUCCACAACCAGUUCUUUGUCAGAGUCCCUCAAAGAAUCUAUAUGUGUAAAAGAACCUGAAAUUGCAACUGUUUCACAAACACAAAGUACUUUGGUGGAUCAAACAAACACCCUGMAGUCAAACAAUGCACAAAAAUCUCAACUGCACAAACAAACUCAGUUAAAUACAGAAGAAAAUGAUGUAGCAUCACAUCUAGAGUCACACAGUAGUGCUGCUAAUACACAACUUAAAAUCUCCUCUGAAGAGACUUGUGACCUCCAGAACACUGACAGUCCAGGGCACAUUGCAACUUCUUCUGCUUGUCCCAAGCAAUCUGAAAGUUCACUUUCCAAAAAUAAUCUUGUUGCUAUUACUACAGCAGCUUCAACCACAGCUACAAGUUCUUGUAAUCCAACUCCCUCUACUAGCUUACCUUUGACCCUUCCUCCACCCACGUCUUCUUUUCCAAAAUUACCUUUACACCCGUCCUCUGCAUCUUCUUUUACAAGUUCUGUUACUCCAGACUCUAAGCCUUGUUCUGACCAACUACAGAAACAAGAUAGUGUCAAUAGCAGUACUGAGACAAAUCCAGAUAUUGUUGUUGUUGAGAAGUCUAAAACCAGGUUAGGGCCACAAAUUAUUACUGAUACUUCUGCUUUAACAAGUUUGGUGCAAACAUCUCCAGUAAAAAAUCUUGAGAGUGGCCCAGAUUUGCGCAGAAACAGUGUCAGCAAAACAGGAUAUCCAAAACAAACAGAGAACACAAACAUUCCUGAAGAUACCAAACAGGAAACACAGACCGUCACUUCCCAAAAGACAAAGGGUAAGGAAACUGAUAGAAAAUGCAAUGACAGACCAGAAGUGCAGUCUGUUACUGAAACCCAACUUGAAACAAAGUCAGAUGUUUCAGCAAAAGAUUCAUCAAGCWCAGCCAUUGUGAAUGUUAAUGAACUAGUCCCUAAAAGUGUUGAUUCAAAGACACACAGAGACUUUAUAGCCACAAGUAACAGCACUUCUGAUAAAACCCUGGUGAACUUGGAAUGUGCCAAAGCGACAAAUACUCAAACAUACCUUGCAAGAUGCCAUGAACCUCAAAUAAUAUCAUAUAGUAACUUUACAUUAGAUGAUAUAUCACACAACACUUACAUACUCAAAGAAAACCAUGAUGGCAGUAUAAACAGUGCUGCAAAUGCACUGAGUCAGCCUGGUAAACAAGCACAAGUCCCAUCAGUAGACGGCACAGACGUCACAUUAAACUCAGUAAAACAACACAUGCACAACACCUUUCAAGAACAAGCUUGCAUAACACAAGUACCUGCAUACUUCUCCAGAAAAACACUUCAUUUACCCUUUUCCAAUGUGCAAGCAAUGGAUUUGAGUUUGCAAACCAACAAACAAGAAUCACAGUUGCCCACAGCUGAUGUACAAAGCUCAGCUCCAAAAGUGUCUCCUCCAAAUCUACCUACCACAGAUUCACGAACAACCUCRCCAGACCUACAAACGCCUACAACUGAUAUCAGUGAUGAUUACUUAUCACCAAGAGAGGACUCCACUACCUCUGAAGAGUACUUUGAAUGUAGUGAAUCUCCUUCACAUGAACCUGAUCUUGACACAAGUGGGAGUCGCAGCCAUGGGACAGGAAARAAUAGCAGCCCAACUAACUCAGAUUGUUGUUUUUCAAGAAAUGUUGGCACUARUUCUGCUGACUUGGAUAAUAGUUCCAGUGCUUCUACAUUAACCAGUUCAAGUCAUAGUACUUCUUCCAGUGAAUCCAGUAUUUUAUCUUGGACUUUUAGAGACCCCCCUACCUCUGUGCUUGGGACAAAAGGUCAAAACAGUGAGUCAAAGAUAACAAAUAGAAGAAAUAGCAAAGAAGGUGCUAAAAUUGAGGUAAGCAGUAGCAACACAGAGAAAAAGGAGCGAGUACACCAGAGCACGGAGGGGACAGACAGUAAGGAGUUAAAUCAAAUGCCUAGGUCUUUGAAAAAGGAGAGUGAUUUAAAAGWAACGGCCUUAAAACUCAGUAAGGCCYCUGGGGGACAGGUUGAAGGAGCCACGACAGACGGAGAAUCAGUGCAGAAAGAGACAAAGCGGUUGUCCACUGGUGAACUUAAACCAGAAAGGGUUUUAUCUGAGGCAAAGAAAUYCCUUUCCAGCAAGRAUAAGCCAACGAACCAGGCUGCWCUAACCCCCGGCAAUACGGAGAUAAGACAGAGGCAAUCUGCAAGGGAGACAACAGGACAGAAGCCUUUGAAUCCAUCACCCAAAUCUCAGCCGCAUCAGCAGCCAGGCAGUAGAGGCUCUUCACCAUCGCGACCACURAGGUCCCCUAGCGGCUCCCAAGCUCAGGCACCUCGUCCUUCGGGAAUCCGUGAUCUCAGCCCAACAGAAAGCAGGGCUCUUCAAAGUAAUGUCAAAGAGUUUGUUUACAAGCCACCUCCUCGCAGAUCACAAUCCAGAUCCCCCUCUCCAAUGAAAGCUGCUCCCAUGGGGUCUGCAGCCGGGCGGAAGCAGGUUUCCCAGAGCCAGCUGCUCACUCGGCAGCUUCCAGCAGCGCCRAUUCGGUCAAAGUUUGACCAACCACAAAWMCAGCCUGCAAAGCAACAGGCCUCCACUCUCCACACACUUUCCAGCCUGCAGCCUCAGGCCCACCCUYUUGCCCACCAAGUGUCUGAACAGGCAGCUGAAGAAUCAGAAGACGCAAGGGCUCCUUUUAACUUAACUCUCAGCAGGUUAUACAACUUCAAGGGAUUAAGAGACAAAUGGACCAAGCAGCCGACUCAGAGCAGGAGAAGUAGCACCGGCACACCGGUGAAAGAACGUAAAAGCACAAGUUAAGGAGGUUUAUCUGUUGUCCUGUCAUCGCAAUAUGUUACUGAAACAUCAGACCAGAGAACAGGGAUUAAAAACUAUCUGAGUCCAUGUUGAAAAUGACAAGUGGCUGCUUUUGAUAUUAUUUGCUAUUAUUUCUGAAAAGUUCAUGAUGUUUCCUUGUUCUUCUUUUUAAAGUGUUAAAUUUGCACACUGUUAUUACAUAAUAAAUCUCAGAUGUACUGUAUGUCAGUCUGCAUGGAGUACAUGCCAAAACUUGCUGUAGAAUUAAAAUUUAAUUCUGUUCUCACUUUAUUUGGUGGUGCAUAURAAUUUGCCUUCUUUUGCCCAGUUUAUGGUUUACUGUAUUUACCAAGUUUAUUUACAUAUUUUUGAGAGGUUUUUAAGCUGAGCAUUCAGCUGAAGUACAGCUUUGAGUUGGGAAUAUGAUGAAAACAAUUAACCAAUUCCUCCAGCCGUGACCCGCGGUGCCUUUUCAAUCCAAAACAUUGUGACAGUUUUAAUGUGGUUUUCCUGCUCUGACUUACUGUUUAAACAAGAUUUUUCAAUAAAAAAAUUUUGAAACACAACA